CACUGGGUCCCCAUCUUGUUGUUAUAUUGUAGAGGGCGCUUUGACAAGCAUAAACCGGCAAAAAUGGCAGCACCAACUGCAGAAAAAGUUCAAGAAGUACGAGAAGUAACAAGGAUAGAAAGAAUAGGUGCCCAUUCACAUAUCCGUGGUCUGGGUUUGGAUGAUGCUUUGGAAGCCAGAAAUGUGUCCCAAGGUAUGGUGGGCCAGAUGGAAGCGAGGCGGGCAGCUGGUGUCAUACUGGAGAUGAUCAAGGAUGGAAAAAUAGCUGGCAGAGCUGUACUAAUAGCAGGUCAUCCAGGCACAGGAAAAACUGCCAUUGCUAUGGGUAUGGCCCAAGCUCUUGGAAAUGAUACACCUUUCACCAGCAUAGCAGGCAGUGAAAUCUUUUCUUUGGAGAUGAGCAAGACUGAAGCUCUUACACAAGCUUUUAGGAAAUCCAUUGGCGUUAGAAUUAAAGAAGAAACAGAAAUCAUUGAAGGGGAAGUUGUAGAAAUCCAGAUAGACAGACCAGCUACAGGAACGGGUGCAAAGGUUGGAAAAUUGACUUUGAAAACAACAGAAAUGGAAACAAUUUAUGACCUUGGUCAGAAAAUGAUUGAAUCUCUAACAAAAGAAAAGGUUCAGGCUGGAGAUAUUAUCACCAUAGACAAAGCCACAGGAAAAAUAACAAAAUUGGGAAGAUCUUUCACAAGAGCUCGUGAUUAUGAUGCAAUGGGUGCCCAGACAAAGUUUGUACAGUGUCCAGAAGGAGAAUUACAGAAGAGAAAAGAAGUUGUACAUACUGUAACAUUACACGAGAUCGAUGUCAUCAACAGCAGAACCCAGGGAUUUCUGGCUCUCUUCUCAGGUGACACUGGAGAAAUAAAGAGUGAAGUACGAGAACAAAUUAAUUCUAAGGUUGCAGAAUGGAGAGAGGAAGGAAAAGCUGAAAUUGUUCCUGGGGUCCUGUUUAUUGAUGAAGUCCACAUGUUGGACAUUGAAUGCUUUUCGUUCCUAAAUCGAGCUUUAGAAUCAGACAUGGCUCCGAUCCUCAUCAUGGCCACAAACAGAGGUAUCACAAGGAUUCGAGGAACCCAGUACCAAAGUCCGCACGGUAUUCCUAUUGAUUUACUGGACAGACUGCUCAUCAUUUCCACAACCCCGUACCAGGAAAAAGAAAUAAGGCAGAUUCUGACUAUUAGAUGUGAGGAGGAAGAUGUAGAAAUGAGUGAUGAGGCCCUGAUUGUGUUAACAAGGAUAGGGAUGGAGACGUCUUUGAGAUAUGCCAUUCAGCUCAUCACCACAGCUAAUCUAGUAGCCAGGAAGCGAAAGGGAACGGAGGUUGAUGUGGACGACAUUAAGCGAGUGUACUCACUCUUCUUGGACGAAUCAAGAUCGACUCAGUUCUUGAAAGAGUACCAACAGGAAUUUAUGUUUAAUGAACUAGGUGUGGAUGCAUCUUCCAUGGAAACAAGCUGAUAUUUUUAUUGUGAGCCAUGAACAAUAACAAUCUCAUUUCAAUGUGUUUUAUCACCAUGUCUAUAUGCAACAUUACAAAAAAAUAUUAAAGAUACUUUUUUGUGGAUAUAAA